CAGAGUGGUCUGUCAAUCUCAGCUCACCUAAGAUUGUUCUCUCUGCUCGAUUUAUCAUUACUAGCUUCUUUACCAUUACACCUUAUCACCCCCACCGUCUCUUCCAUUGUCGUUUACUUAUUAUUCUCAUCAUCGUCUGCAGAAUCAGAACAACACAGAAAGAAAGAACCCAUGGCAUCAUCUCUCACUUCCCAACUCCCAAUCUUCCUCUUCCUCUUUAUCGCCGCUUUCACUUCCGCAGCGUCGCAGUCGUUCAUCGGCGUCAACUACGGCCAGGUGGCCGACAACCUCCCGCCGCUGGAGGCCACCGCGAAGCUUCUUCAAUCCACAUCCAUCAAGCAAGUCCGCCUCUACGGAUCCGACCCCGCAGUCAUCAAGGCCCUGGCCAACACUGGCGUCGGCAUAGUCAUCGGAAUCGCCAACGGCGACAUUCCCUCCCUCGCCGCCGACCCCAACGCCGCCACCCGGUGGAUCAACUCCAAUGUUGCUCCCUUCUACCCCGCCAGUAAGAUCACCCUCAUCAACGUCGGCAAUGAGGUCCUCUUCUCCAACGACCAAGGCCUCAUCUCGCAGCUCCUCCCCGCCAUGCGAAACGUCCAGUCUGCCCUCUCCUCCGCCUCCCUCUGCGGCAAGGUCAGGGUCUCCACCGUCCACGCCAUGAACGUGCUGUCCCAGUCCUACCCGCCUUCUUCGGGUCGGUUUAACCCGGCCAUGGUCGACGUCCUCAAGGACCUGCUCGCGUUCCAGAGAGACAAUGCCUCGCCGUUCGCCGUCAACCCGUACCCGUUUUUCGCGUACCAAAGCGACCCGAGACCCGAGACGCUGGCAUUUUGCUUGUUCCAGCCCAACGCGGGGCGAGUCGACUCCGGCUCCGGCAUCAAGUACAUGAACAUGUUCGACGCUCAGGUUGAUGCUGUGAAGUCUGCCUUGAAUGCAAUUGGGUUCAAUGACAUUGAUAUUUUGGUGGCCGAGACAGGAUGGCCAUACCGUGGAGAUAGCAAUGAAGUUGGACCUGGUGUUGAGAAUGCAAAGGCCUACAAUGGCAAUUUAAUUAAGCACCUAAGAUCCAUGGUUGGCACUCCAUUGAUUCCUGGAAAACCUGUGGAGACAUAUAUCUUUGCUCUAUAUGAUGAGGACUUGAAACCUGGUCCAACCUCUGAGCGAUCGUUCGGGCUGUUCAAGCCUGACUUAACCGCCACGUAUGAUGCUGGUCUCUCAAAGAGUAGCCAGACUCCGUCAACACCAUCAGUUACUCCUAUACCGAAGCCUACUCCAUCAACACCAUCAGUGACUCCUUCACCAAAGCCUACUACCUCAUCAAAAUGGUGUGUGCCCAAAACUAGUGGCGUAUCUGAUGCUCAGUUGCAGGCGAAUCUCGACUAUGCUUGUGGCCAUGGAAUUGAUUGCAGCGCAAUCCAACCAGGAGGUGCCUGUUUCGACCCUAACACAGUAGCAUCCCAUGCUGCCUAUGCCAUGAAUCUCUACUACCACACUGUUGGCACUGAUCCAAUGAAUUGUGAUUUUUCACAAACAGCAACACUCACCUCCUCAAACCCCAGUUACAAUGCUUGUGUUUACCCUGGUGGAGGAAGCAGCAGUCUACAUGUGGCAGCGACAAAGAUGAAUCAGAUAUCAUCAAAUGAUGGAUAUUCUGAAGUUGGGAAUAUGUUAAGGAACAAAGUCCUGGUGUACAUUUUUCUGUUUUUAGUUUAUAGCUUGUUCCUCUGAUUAUAAAGACUGCUUAGCUUCAGAGGGAUAAGGGAUUACCUAUAUGGCAUGUUUAUUUAUUGGGAAUAAAAUUGAAACGUGA